GGUGGGUCCACGCUGUGUGUCAGGGUCUGACCACGGAGGAUGAGGUGGAGUUCGCCGCUGACGAAGGCUUCGACUGUUCGCUGUGCAGAAGUCACGGCCGCAGUUCCUUCGGGAGGUCCGAAACGUUGGGCCCCUACAUGGCUCAGAUCAUCUCCAGGAUCAGAGAACAUGACACAAAGACGUACACUCAGGAUGGAGUGUGUCUCACCGAGUCGGGUCUGUCUCACCUGCAGUCUCUGGUUGAGCCUCUGACGUCACCGCGCAGGUAUCGCAGGUGUAAACCCAAACUGAAGCUGAGGAUCAUCAACCAGAACAGUGUGUCCGUCCUGCAGACCCCACCGGACCCUGACCCCCCCACAGAGCAGGACCACAGCAGAGGUGACUUGGAGUGCGACAUGAAAUCUGACUCCAGCCCUGAGCGAGACCACGCCCACGAUGAUGAUGUCCUGAAGGAGCCUGAGGUUACCGAUGGCAACAAGAAGAGGAAGAGGAAACCCUACAGGCCUGGUAUCGGGGGCUUCAUGGUACGUCAGCGUGGAGGGAAGGCCGGUCCAAGCAGAAUCAAACUAAGCAGGAAAGAUUCAUCAGAGACGCUGCUGGGUCGAGACGAAGGUCUGCUGGACGCAGACGUUACCAUGGAGACAGCACCCCCUGCUGACCAGGUGAUGGAGAAGGUGAAGAAGAGGUACAGGAAGAAGAAGACGAAGCUGGAGGAGGCAUUCCCCUCUUAUCUACAGGAGGCCUUCUUUGGUCGGGAUCUUCUUGACCGGAGCCGGCAGGUGGACAGGAGGGCGGGGCCAGAGACGCCAGGCAGCAGCCAACCAGGAGCAGCGACUGGUGACACGAAAGGCCCGCUCGCUGCAUCACACGGCCCCUCCCCCUCUGGGAUGCCGGUGGGCGCCAUGGCAACCAGCGUGAACAGGAAGCAGGGCACGCUGCCCAUGUCGGAGGACGCUCUCCUGGAUCUGUCUGAUGUCCUCAACACCGACCCUCAUAUCCUGGCCACAGGACACACAGGUCAGUUCCAGGUGGAGCGCUCCCCUUCUCCGUUCGCUGGUCUGGACAUCGGCUCCAUGGACAAUGACGCCUCGUUGACCUCGGAGCCGGCAGGAGGAAGUGGGCGUGGCCAGAGGGCGGCGCAGGAGGAGCCUCUGGACGCCAUCUUGAGUCCUGAACUGGACAAGAUGGUCACAGACGGAGCCAUCCUCAGCAAACUGUACAAGAUCCCAGAGCUGGAGGGGAAGGAUGUAGAGGAGGUUUUCACUGCAGUCCUGAGUCCAAGUAGCAGCAGCAACCAACAGACACACACUGCUGCUGGGAGCAAGACACACGCACGCAACACAGCUGCAGUGUUUCCUCGCCUGCCCCUGAUGAACGGCCUGAUGGCAGCUGCCCCUCCCUUCUCCAGCUCUCCCAUGAUGCCCGGCAGUACUCAGGCUCCACCCACCUUCAGAUUGCCCAUUCCUGAGGGCCCCGCCCCCGGGCCGGCUCCGGCCAAUCAGGCGUCCUCUGGAGACGGCGAGCAGGACACGCUGUCGACAGCUCAGAGAGGCACGCUGAAGUGGGAGAAGGAAGAAAGUCUGGGGGAGAAAGCCACUGUUGCCCCGGUGCUCUACUGCAACACCAACUACCCCCAGCUGAGGCAGCAGUACCCCGAUUGGUCCACCAGAGUGAAGCAGAUCACCAAGCUGUGGAGGAAGGCCAGUUCUCAGGACAGAGCGCCCUACGUGCAAAAAGCUCGGGACAACCGGGCGGCUCAGCGCAUCAGCAAGGUGCAGCAGUCCAACGACACUCUGAAACGCCAGCAGCAGCAUCAGCCGCCGCCGCCACAGCAGCAGCCGCCGCCGCCACAGCAGCCGCCACCGCCGCCACUGCCCGGACCCUACGAUCCCGUCUACAUGGAGACAGAGAUGGGUUUCAAGGACCCGCUGAGGCCCAAAGAGUCGGAACAGGAGCAGGAGUGGAAGCUCCGACAGGGAGAGGUAAAUGACAGAUGGGGAGCCGGUAAGAAGAGGCAGGAAAAUCUCCCCCAAACCAAAGCCCUAAAAUCACCAACAGAUAAAGAUUGUCCCUACCAGGCGCCUGUAGCGGGAGGGGGCAAAGAGGCUCUGCAAAUGCGUCAGAAGAGCAAGCAGCUGGCCAAGAUGGAGGCCACGCAGAAGCUGGAGCAGGUGAAGAACGAGCAGCGGCAGCAGCAGCUCCUGGCCAGCCAGCGUCUGUCCGGAUGCCUGUCCCCCGACAGCCCCGCCCACCAGCCCGUCUCUGGGGGCAACGCCUCCCCACUGCACCCCCCUCCGCCCAGGGAGGGGCCGCCGCGGCAGGCCGACGACGUCUUCCUGCGACCGCAGGCCCCUCCCCCCUCCGGCUUCUCCUCGCUGCCUCACUCCCCGCUGCCCUCCUCGCCGCUCCACCAGCCGCCGUCCUCCCCCCAGAUGUUCUCCCCACCAUCCUCCCGCCCCUCUUCGCCCUGGGAUCCCUACAGUAAGAUCGCAGGGACUCCUCGCCCCGCCUCCUCGCAGGCCGGAGCUCCGCCCCCCCAGCAGCAGCGACGCAACUCCCUGAGCGCCUCUCCAGCCCACGAAGCCACGAGCUCCCCGGGACCGCCUCCCGACCCCAAGACCUCCGACGCCUGCAGACCCCAACCAGGCCUGCAGCAGCAGAGCAGGGCGGGUAUGAUGAGCCCCCCCGGUGUGUCUGACCUCCGCCACGUUGGCGUCCGGCCGGCCGAGUCGUUCCAGCGGUUCGGUCGUCCCGGCGAGCUGGGCGCCGUGUUCAAGGCCCCGAUGCCUCCCCAGCAGGAGGCGUUUGGCUGCAGCGGAGGAGGACGACGGGACCCGUCCAGGCCCCCGGACCAGGGCUUUGGCCUCCCCCAGUCGCAGGAGCCUCCGUUCCCCUCCAGCCCCCUGUCGGGCCUGGGCUCCCCCCACCGCAGCCCGUACGCCCCCCGACCGGACUACGGCCAGCAGGCGUCGGACUCCUUCUCCCCCCUGAGCCCCUACACCAGCCCCCAGACGCCCGGCACGCCUCGGCCCCACUCUGACCCCGCCUACCUGCCCGCCCCACCUGCGCUCAGACUGGACCAGUUCGGCCAGCAGCCGGCCGGCCGGCGCCCAUCCCCCUCUCACCCGUCCCUGGACCCCUACGCCUCCAACCCGGGAACGCCCCGGCCCUCCGAGCGCUUCCCUCGAUCCCCGGGCGGUCAGCGGAGCUCCGACCCUUACUCGCAGCCCGCUGGGACGCCUCGCCCCUCACCGGACCCAUACGCCCAGCAGCCCUCCACGCCGCGGGCCCAGAAGGCCCAUGAGCCCUUCGGCCAGACACCGGCAGAGAGCUUCACUCCUCAGCCGGCGGGGUCCAGUUCCUCCCCUUUGGGUCCAGGAGAGCCGGGCGCAUUCACUGCAACACCUCACCAGCAGUCUCCGGGCCGACAGCAGCAGGACUCAUUUCCCAGAACCCCCAGCAGCCAGACCCCAAAGCACACCGGGAUGUCAGAGGAGGGCGGCUUCUCGGGUUUGGCUGCUCAGACUGCAGGUCACGACCCCUUUGAACAGGGUCACAUGACACCAGGCCCGUUGCAGACAGACAAGAUGGCAACCAAUGACAUGUCAGUGGGUGUGGCUUCCUUAGAUGGACCAAUGAGCAUGCUGCCUCAGCUUGGUGACUCUGAGGAGAAGCUGAGACAGCGUCAGCGGCUGCGACAGCUCAUCCUCAGGCAGCAGCAGCAGAAGAGCGCCUUACGGCAGGAGAAGGGUCUGCAGGAGGCAGCUCCUGCCGCUCCGCCCGGCGCCGCUCCGGGUUCUGCCACGGCGCUCCACAGCUGGUCCCAGGAGGACUCCGCCGCGCUUCCAUCAGAUCUGUUUGGACGCCCUCCACCCCCCUACCCCGGCACAGUGCGGUCCGGCGGGGCUCCAGCUCCGAGGUUUCCUGGAGGAUUCCCAGGGGAGCAGCAGAGGGGCUUCACCCCCAGCGAGGGUCCCUUUCCGAGGCAGAGCCUCCCCAGAGAGCUGGCUGUCCGAGGACCCGCCCUGAGAUUUGGUGUUCCUCCUGGCGCUCCAGCGGGCCUCGAGGACUCCUUCCUGCGUCUGCCCCAGGGAUCGAUGCCAGCGCCUGGGAUCGGUGCGGUGGAGGGAGUCCCUGUCCAGAUGAGGAGGCCAAUGCCCGGAGAGCUCACUGGCAUUCGACCUCUUGCACCUCCCAACACUCACCCAAACAUGAUACCAGGUGUCCCCCAGCCCUUCCUCCCCCGCUCCCUCCCCAUCCAGCAGCACAGCAUCAUGGGACAGCCCUACAUCGAGCUUCGGCAUCGCGCUCCAGAGAACCGCCUGAGGCUGCCCUUCCCUUCGCCCGCGACCCCGGACCCCGAGGCCCCCCUGCUGCACCCCAGAGACCCCCAGCCGCCGGCAGUCAGGCCCGGUGCAGCGGCCCGGAUGGCGGACACGCUGAUGGGCCAGCAGAUGGGGAUGGCGGGCAGCGGCGUGGAGCAGCUGAACCCGCAGCACAUCGGUCACGCAGCAGCGCUGACUCAGGGUGGCGAGGCAGCACUCCCCGGGGCUGAUGGGAUGGAGGAGCAUCUGGAGGGGGAGGACUCGGCCGUGAAGGAUCUGGAGGACGUGGAGGUGAAGGAUCUGGUCGACCUCAACCUGAACCUCGACCCUGAAGACGGAAAAGAAGACUUGGAUCUGGGCCCCAACGACCUCCACCUCGAUGACUUCCUGCUUUCGGGGAAGUUCGACCUGAUCGCCUACGCCGACCCCGAGCUCAACCUGGAGGACAAGAAGGACAUGUUCAACGAGGAGCUGGACCUGGGGGAGCCAGUGGAGGACAAGGAGGUAGGAGAGCGUAGGGACGGCGCUGGCAGCGCCAGGAGGAGUGACGGACCGCCGGUCUGUCAGGUCAAGCAGGAGGCCAAGGACGACGUGAAGACGGAGACCGGGAGCAGCACCCCCAGCAGGCCCCUCGGAGCUCCCGGAGCCGAGGCUGCAGGGCCCUCCGUCCUCCUUACCAAGGAGAACAUGGAGGACUCUGGUCCAGGAGCCUUGCCGGCCCUCCAGGCCCAGGAGCAGGCUCUGUCAGCGGGCCUGGCUCCCAGAGGUCACCCCCCCAUGGCUGCAGGUCACCAGUCUUCCUUCCAGCAGCAGCAGAGAUCCUUUGCACCCUCCUCGUCCUCCUCAGUUCUCCUCACCCCCCACCCCCAGGACCUCCCCGCCCCUCCUCACCUCCUCCUCAGCCCCCAGCCUCAGCCUCCACAGCCGGGGACGUCCACCCAGACCCAGAGCCAGAGCAAGGGCCGGCCUCUGCUCCUGGAGGAGCAGCCGCUGCUGCUGCAGGACCUGCUGGACCAGGAGCGGCAGGAGCAGCAGCAGCAGAAGCAGAUGCAGGCCCUGAUCAGACAGCGGUCCAGCUCGGACCCUGUGUUCCCCAACAUGGACUUCGACUCCAUCUCCGACCCCAUCAUGAAGGCCAAGAUGGUGGCUCUGAAGGGCAUCAACAAGGUGAUGAGUCAGGGCAGCCUGGGCCUGAACCCCAUGGUCAUGAACAGGAUCCAGCAGGUUCCAGCGGCCCCAGGCCCAGAGGGGACCCCUCAGCCUCCACAUGUGGUGGGACAGGACGGGAAGGUGAACCCUCAGCUGGUGAGACCCAGCCCCCCCAGCUUCGGCCCGGGCUUCGUCAACGAGUCUCAGCGGCGUCAGUACGAGGAGUGGUUGGGGGAGACGCAGCAGCUCCUGCAGAUGCAGCAGCGCCUCCUGGAGGACCAAAUCGCUGCCCACCGCAAGACUAAGAAGGCUCUGUCGGCCAAACAGAGAACGGCCAAGAGAGCAGGACGAGCAUUCGCAGAGGAGGACGCUGCCCAGCUGCGCUACAUCAGUGAGCAGCAGGGGGCGGUCCAGAAACAGCUGGAGCAGAUCCGGAAGCAGCAGAAGGACCAUGCAGAGCUGAUUGAGGACUACCGGACCAAACAGCAGCAGAGAGCGCCCCCCAUCGUCCCUGCAGCCCCCGUCCCCCAGCCCCUGCUGACCCAGCCCAUGGCGCCUAUGCAGCCCCACCCGGACGGGCCCGCGCCGGCCCGCGUCCCGAGCGUCCCCCCUGGUUGGACCCCGGCCAGCGGUGCUCCAGGGGUGAUGGUGCAGAGGAUGCCUCUUCACCUGCCCGCUCAGAUGCCCCCCGCCCUGCCCAGCGCCCCCCAGGGUCCCACACACAGCCAGACGCCCCCGGCCAUGGUCCCCGGCCUCGCCGCUCAGACAGGGGGCUUCACUGCCGGCCCCCGUGGCCCCGCUGGGGGCCCCAACGGAGCCGGAGGGGACGGAGCCACGCCCACACCUCAGCUCUACUCUGACAUCAUCCCUGACGACAAACCAAAGAAGAAGCGGAACAGGAGGAGGGAUGGAGACGACGCCGCGGUUGGAGUAGUCAGGACGCCGCUGUCCUCGCACUCUGAUGACAUCACUGCCCCGCCCACUUCGGCCAUCUCAGACACCUCCUGCUCCACGCCCACUCAUGGCAGCAUGGACCAAUCACACGUGUCCUUCCCUCAGAGCUCAUCUCGCUGUGCUCUGGCUCCAUCAUCGGAGCUGGAGAGGCAGCUGUCCGUCAGUUCUGCAGCCCAACAAAGAGCCUCCAUCCUGGGCAUGGAGGGCCAGAGAGGGCCCCUGUGUGCAGCUCGUCUGGAGGUCAAGGAGGAAUGUGAGGAGGGGGGGGCCUGUGGGGCAGGUGUGGUAAAGCUGGAGGAGGGCGGAGUCGAGGGCUUCUCCUCCCCCUCUCGUCCUCAGGGGGGCGACGGGGGGAAGGAGCUGCUCAGACACCUGCUGAAAGACAACACCUCCCCCGCCACCACGCCCUCGCCCACCGGCCAGGCUCCGCCCACCGCCCGCCGCCAGCUGUCCAAUGACAGCCUCCAGUCCGAGGAUGAGGACAGACCAGGUUCCCAUGGCAACAUGGUGAGCAGGGACAGUCCUGGUCCAGAUCCGCUCGACCCCUCCAGCAAGAAGAAGGCUCAGCGCUGUAAGAGGCCGGCCCGACCCGACAAAGACAGAGCUCCUCCCAAAUACAAGAGGAGGAAGAGGGAGGAAGAGGAGAAGAGCCUCCACUGCUCCACCUCCUCCUCUGACCCGCUGAUGGCUCACCUCAGACAGAAAGAUGUUCCUCCAUCAGAUGUAGNCUCCUCCCCGUGGGUUCAUUUCUCCUCCACGCUGGUUAAUCUGGUGUCUCCACCUCCUCUGCAGGUGAAGUUUGACGACAACAACCCGUUCAGCUGGGCGGGGAUCGAUGCUGAUUGGUUAAACUCUGAGAGCACGUGUCAGGUGACUUCCCACCGCAGCUCUGAGUUGGACUCUGAUAUCUGCUCUCAGGUGGAGCGUCAUCGUGCCCUGCAGCAGCGGCUGGAGCUGGAGCAGCAGGCCCUCCUGGGGGCCCCGAUGGGUCCCGGGUCUGGAGGAGCAGCCGCGCCCCCAGCUGGACCUCUGUCAGCGGCUCGGGUUGGCCCCACACCAGGACCGGGCCCCGGAGGGCCUACCGGAUCAGCGCCUGCCCCCGGCGGGGACAGUCUCUCCCAGAUGCCCUUCUUCAGCUCUGAGCUGCCCCAGGACUUCCUCCAGUCCCCCCCAGCCCCCAGACCUCAGCUCCAGGGCCAGACGGGGGCACCGUUCCCCCAGCAGAAGGGCCUCCACGAGGGCUUCAAGGGACCGCUGCACCCUGGGGCCCACCUGGCCCCGGGCCUGCUCCCCGGGGCUGCAGCAGAGUGGGGCAGGGCCCUCCCUGAGCACGGACCCCCUCAGGAUGUGGUUCCUUCCAGCGUCCAGAUGAGGCCGAGGUUGCCGGGCCUCGCCGGGCCGUCAGCCCAGGGCCCAAUACGGCCAGCUGGGCCACCGGUGGCCAGGCAGAAACUGGUGAACGGAUUCGCCACGACGGAGGAGCUGGCGAGGAAGGACGUGACUAAUCAGGAUGUGAAAGGCGUGUCAGCACUGAAGCAGAAAGGGGAGGAGCUUAUGGUGCUAAACCACGCUUCCAAGACCGUUGACGUCCCAGCCUCCCUGCCAACCCCCCCGCACAACAACCAGGAGGAGCUCCGUGUGCAGGACUCGUCAGAGCGCGGCAGCCCGGAUGGCUUCAUCCCGUCCUCGUCUCCGGAGAGCGUAGCAGACGUGGAGGUCAGCAGGUACCCCGACCUGUCCUUCAUCAAACUGGAGCCGCCCUCGCCCUGCCCGUCGCCUACGUUACCCAUCAUGCCCUGCGCCUGGGGAAAAGGCUCUGCAGUGAAACAGGAAGUGAAGGCAGAGCCAAACCAUCAUGGCCGGCCUUCCUGCUCUAACACCGACCUGGUCACCAUAGCGAUCACCCUGAACCCCGUUGCAGCUCAGAGCGUUGCUGGUGUGAUGGCGGCAGUGGCGGAGCUGCUGCGGGUCCCUGUGCCCGUAGACUACCAGCUGAGCCGAGCGGCGGGCCCCGAGCAGAGCUCUCUGGCUCUGCUGGCCGGAGUCCGAGUGCCGCUGCCGCAGGUUUCAACAGGAAACAGACAACAGAGACCUGCAGCUGCUGCAGCAAGCACAGGUGUCAGGAUGGAUUGCAUCCAACAUGGCGGCGCUGCUGCUGCCAGGCCUCAGUGUUGCAGCUACUGCAAGGUGCUGCUGGGAAACGGAGUCCGCAUCGUCAAGGAGCUCAAACAGGAGGGUCGGUCCAGCCUGGUGUUCUGCAGUUCAAACUGCUCUGCUCUCUACACAGCAGACAUACACAGCAGGGCUGCAGGAAACAAGGCCACGAUGCCCGUCCUGCAGUCUGGCUCGGAGCGCCCCCCUCCCAGCAGAGGGCUGCACCAGUACGCUAACAACAUGUCCUCCAUCACCGUCCACUCCCUCCCCCACACCCCCUCGUCCUCCUCCUCAUCCCCUCCUCUGUCCUUCCCCCCUGCCUCUGCCAUCACCAUGGAGACCAGGCCCCGUGUGGACAGCCUCAAGGUGAAAGUGAAGCUAAAGCCACGCCCCCGGGCAGUCCCAGGUGGAGAGGACUCACUGUCUCCUCGCCACGGGAAGAGAAUGAAGAGUUGCCGCUGGAGACGCUGGAGUGUUAGCAUCACACUGAGCAGGGGUCCGUGCAUUCCUAAUGCAGCAGUUGCCAUGCCAACAGAGGAGGAAGUGGACGUGCUGUUGAAGAAGCUGGGGGCAUGUCUUCGUCCCGACCCGUUACCCAAAGACCAGCGAAGGUGCUGCUUCUGUCACCAGCAGGGCGACGGACGGACGGACGGCCCGGCCAGGCUGCUGAACCUGGACCUGGACCUGUGGGUGCACCUGAACUGCGCUCUGUGGUCCAGCGAGGUGUACGAGACCCAGGCCGGCGCCCUCAUCAACGUGGAGCUGGCUCUGAGACGAGGUCUGACCUUGCGCUGCGCUUACUGCCAGCAGACCGGAGCCACGAGCGGCUGCAACCGCCUGCGCUGCACUAACACCUACCACUUCACCUGCGCCCUGCAAGCCCACUGCACCUUCUUCAAGGAUAAGACGAUGCUCUGCCACCUCCACAAGCCCAAGACGGUUCCUGUCAGCGGGGACAGGUCCUCCAGCGGCUCCCCCUCCUCCACCCCUGGUCCGACCCCUGACCUGGCGAUGGCGUCCUCUGACCCGUACAACUCUGAGCUGCGGUGCUUUGCCGUGUUUCGCCGGGUGUUCGUGCAGCGGGACGAGGCGCGGCAGAUCGCCGCUGUGGUGCAGCGCGGCGAGCGGCAGCACACCUUCCGGGUCGGCAGCCUGCUGUUCCGCGCCGUCGGCAGGCUCCUCCCACAUCAGAUGAGCAACUUCCACAACGAGGCCGCCAUCUUCCCCGUCGGUUACCACGCCAACCGCAUCUACUGGAGCAUGCGCCACAGCAACAGACGCUGUAAGUACAUGUGCUACAUCGAGGAGCAGGACGGCGAGCCGCUGUUCACAGUCAAGGUGGUGGAGAAGGGACACGACGACCUCGUACUGACCGGACCCUCACCCAAAGCUGUGUGGGAGCAGAUCCUGGAACCAGUGUCCCAGAUGAGGUCCUCCAGCGGGACUCUGAAGCUGUUCCCAGUUUACCUGAAAGGAGAAGAUCUGUUUGGUCUGACCACGUCUGCAGUGACCCGCAUCGUCGAGUCUUUACCUGGAGUGGAGGCCUGUGAGCGCUACACCUUUCGCUUCGGCAGGAACCCUCUCAUGGAGUGGCCUCUGGCCUUCAACCCGUCGGGCUCGGCCCGCUCCGAACCCAAAGCCUACCAGGCCAAGAGGCCCUACCUGCUGACCAGCAUCGCCCCCCGCUGUCAGGGCUCGGUGGGCUCCAUCGUGGGCCUGGUUCCCGGCGUCAUUUCUCUGUCUCCAGGCGAGUCAGUGGCCGGCGCUCAUCAGGGACGCCACUCCAAGUCGUCUCAGUACCGACGCAUGAAGGCCGAGUGGAAGAGCAACGUGUACCUGGCCCGCUCCCGCAUCCAGGGUCUGGGUCUGUACGCUGCCAGAGACAUAGAGAAAUGCACCAUGGUCAUUGAGUACAUCGGCACCAUCAUCAGGAGUGAAGUAGCCAAUCGCAAGGAGAGACUGUACGAGUCCCAGAACCGCGGCGUGUACAUGUUUCGGAUCGACAACGACUACGUGAUCGACGCCACCAUCACUGGAGGACCUGCCAGGUACAUCAACCACUCGUGUGCUCCCAACUGCAUCACCGAGGUGGUGACGGUGGAGAAGGAGAACAAGAUCAUCAUCAGCUCCUGCAGACGCAUCCAGAGAGGAGAAGAGCUGAGCUACGACUACAAGUUCGACCUGGAGGACGACCAACAUAAGAUCCCCUGUCACUGUGGAGCUGUGAACUGCCGCAAAUGGAUGAACUGAACGCACACACACUCAGAAACACACACACAGAAACACACACACACUCUGGCAGCUCUCUCUCUCUCUCUCCUGUUGAAUGAAGCCGGGUGUCGCUCGCCCUCCCGGGGGCGGAGCUCAGCUUCACCUGAUCAGACAUCUUGAUUGAUAAUGAAACUGACCGAAUUGAUCGCAGUCGGAUUAAUAAUAAUGAGGAUGAUGAUGGGAUGAUUGACAGGUGAGGGGGCGGGGUUAUAUAUACAUAUAUAUAUGGAUGGGUGGGGCCAGACACGUUGCGUCUCAGAGGGGGGUGAAUGAUUGGCAGGCGAGGGGCGGGGCUAAGAGGCUGGUCCUCUGAAUUCACUGAGGAGCUCCGUUCAUCGAAAACGACAAAAACACACAAACCCGCCGGACUCGCUGAGCGGCCCCUCCCCCGCGUUUGUUCAUUUCCUGUAAAAUAAGAGAUUUUGUUCUUUUUGUAUUUAUUACCGAAUGAAGCUAUUUUCUAAAGCCGCGGUGAGUUCGAGGUCCGGAAUGGCAGCGUGUAAAUACCUGUACCAUAAAAGAGAAGCUCACCUGGCUGUCCUCAUUCAACCUGUCCAAGGUUGUGUUGCUGCCCGGCACCGGAGACAGCCGCUCCGAUUGGACGGCCCUCCGAUUGGACGGCCCUCCGAUUGGACGGCCCCCCCAAUGGAACGCCCCUCCGAUUGGACGGCCCCUCUGAUUAGACGGCGCCUCCUUCGCCGUCACUUUGUGUUUGUGGAGCUCAGAGUCCUGCUGCCGUGUACAUAGGAGGUUUUACGAGGACUGUGCUUGUACAGACAGAAGCCUUUUUGUUUUCUAUUGUUGGACGUACAGUGUGAUGAAGAUGAUAAUGAUGAAGAUGUCUUUUGUUUUUGGGACAUAUGGUGAAUCUGAUUUAGAAUCAUUUACAGAAAAUAAAAUAUUUUACAUGUUG